GACAUAACCUGGAGCGGUAAGUGAUUAUGUAAUUUGUGCCAAAAAAAACUCAAGUCUUACUUGAGUUUGAGUUUAGCUUUCACCUAAAUGCUCCAUCUACAUGAAGCAGGAAGGCAGCAGCGGCCACUCCCUGGAUGUUGUCGUUGUUCAGAGGGAGUUCGGCCCGAUACAUGAACCCCAGCAGAAGGUCCAGACUCUGGGCAGGAGUGUCUCUCAGAGGUGACGGUUUCCGGUCUGAGUGGAUUAUGGCCAUAAACCCUGUCGUCCAAAAACAAGAGAACAGCACUUAGUCAAUCAGUUGCAGGCGCUAAAUAGGGCCCUAACUAACUCCCACUGCCCAGAGCUUGUUUCUUCAGUCUGUGCCCAUCCCGUGUACAGAGAAGUCACAACCAGGGAGGAAAGAGACCACCCAAUGGACUCAUAUGUGGUACAACGAGAGGUGCUCAAUGAGGUACGCCUGGAAGAAGUGGCCCAAAGAGACACAAGUACGACAGGACCAAGUGUGGGAGAAAGAUUAAAGGAAUUCUCAAGAUGUUCAUUGCCCAAGCUGAAGAAGACGGUGCAGAGGUGGGUGCCUGUACUGGACUGGCUCCCCAAGUAUCCGUUCAGAGAAAAUAUCCUCGGAGAUGUGGCCUCUGGCUGCAGCGUGGCCAUCAUGCACCUGCCUCAAGGUAUGGCGUAUGCACUUUUGGCCUCCUUACCCCCUGUGUUUGGUCUAUACACCUCCUUAUACCCAGUACUGGUUUACUUCAUUUUUGGAACUUCUAGACAUAUAUCAAUUGGUACAUUUGCUGUGAUCAGUAUCAUGGUUGGCAGUGUGACAGAGAGACUAGGCCCAGACUCAAACUUUCAGGUCAACAAUGGCACCAACACUACAGGAAGUGUGGACAUAGAUGCGAGAGAUGCAUACAGAGUGAAGAUAGCGUGCUCACUCACACUCUUAGUUGGAAUUUUCCAGAUUUUGCUGGGCAUGGUCAAAUUUGGCUUUGUGGUCAAUUAUCUGUCAGAGCCACUGGUCCGGGGCUACACUACAGGGUCAGCGUGUCACGUCUUUGUGUCCCAACUCAAAUACAUUUUUGGAGUCACAUCAUCUCGCUACAAUGGACCACUUUCUCUUAUUUAUACUGUUGUGGACAUCUGCAGACGGCUGCCUCAGACAAAAAUCCCUGAGCUGGUGGUCAGUCUUGUGGCUCUUGCAGUUCUCAUUGUGGUCAAAGAAAUCAAUGGUUGUUAUUCAAAGAAGCUACCUUUUCCCAUCCCUAUUGAGCUCAUAGUGGUCAUAGUUGCAACAAUCAUUACACAUUUUGGUGGACUGACCACAUUGUAUCACAUUGAUGUGGUUGGAGAGAUUCCCAGCGGACUCAAUGCCCCUCAAGCCCCAGAUGUCAAUUUGUUCUCACAAAUUAUUGGUGAUGCUUUUGCUGUGGCUAUUGUGGGCUACGCCAUAAACAUUUCUCUGGGCAAGACCUUUGCUCUAAAACAUGGAUACAAGGUGGACAGCAAUCAGGAGUUGGUGGCCCUUGGUUUGAGUAACUCUAUUGGAGCCUGUUUUCAGUGUUACAGCGUCACAUCGUCUUUAAGUCGCAGUUUGGUUCAGGAAAGCACUGGUGGAAAGACACAAGUAGCUGGAGUCAUUUCUUCCAUCUUUGUACUAAUAAUUGUUCUGAAAAUAGGAUCACUCUUUGAAGAUCUCCCAAAGGCUGUCUUAUCAACAAUAGUAUUUGUGAACCUCAAAGGAAUGUUUAAGCAAUUUACCGAUGUACCUCAACUUUGGAGAACCAACCAAGUGGAUCUGCUUGUAUGGUUGAUUACAUUUGUAAGCACCAUCCUACUGAACUUGGACAUGGGCCUUGCUGUUUCCAUUGGGUUUUCCAUUCUCACCGUGAUCUUCAGGACACAACUGCCUCGCUAUUCCAUUUUGGGUCAAGUGCCAGGAACCGACUUGUAUCUGGAAACAGAGACCUACAAACAGGCCAAGGAAAUUCGUGGAAUCAAAAUCUUCCGCUCAUCCAGCACCAUCUACUACACCAAUGCUGAGAUGUAUUUGGACGCUCUGCAGGAGAAGUGUGGAAUUGAAAUCGGAAAACUGCUCACAGCAAAAAAGAAAGAAGAAGCCAGGGUGAAGCGUCAACAAGAAAAACAGAAAAAGAAAGAAAAAAAACUUGCAAAGAAACAAAAAAGGACUAACUACCAGUCGACCGGCAGCUUCACUUUGACAGAGUCGCAGAGGAAGGAGCCCACAAUUCUGAAUGAAAACGGAAAUGGAAAUGAUUAUCCAUCCCAUAUGACUGAAACAAAAGGCCAAAUAAACUGGGCCUAUCAACAUGACGCAGCCACAUUGGAAACAGACUCUGACACAGACAAUUCUCAAAUUGAAGAUGAAGCAAAGGGCAAUGCAAAUCAGAAAACUCACAGCAUAAUCCUGGAUAUGUCCACUACCAACUUUGUGGACACAGUGACCAUCAAGACCCUGAAAAAUAUUUUCAGGGACUUUGGAGAGAUUGAUAUAGACAUCUAUGUCACAGGCUGUCAAGCUUGUGUUAUUGAGCAGUUAGAAAAAGCAGACUUCUUCUCAAACUCCAUCCCAAAAAGCCGAGCAUUUGUAACAGUCCAUGAUGCCGUUCUUCAUAUUCAGAAGCAGAACUUGCCAGAAAAGGAAAUUACCUGCAUCACUCAAAUGUAACCAGCAGGAGGCAGACUCUUCCUUAUAAAUAGACAUUUUUAUUCACCAUUGGACUGAGUGCUGCUGUGAGUCUCCUCCUCCUCCUCCUUCUUUGUGGAGGUAGAUAUGCACCACCUCCACAACAUGGCCGCCGGUUGCCCUUGGAAACAGGGCUUUUUAUGAUAUUGUAUAAUGAGAUCGAGCCUGCAUCACGUCACCACUGCAGCUCUGUUCUGCUGCGAAGGGAGAGACAGCAGACAGAGCUGAGUGGGAAAGAACACGCUGGAGUAAUAGGCAAGUGUAUAAAUAUAGACCAAUUGACGUUGACAUCCAAUGAAGAAAUAUGUCCCUGUUUAGAUCUUU